CAAGUUGUCCCCGGAUGGUACAUGUGCUGACUAAUCAACCGGGGACAGCCUCAAAUUAUUCAUUGACAUCCAUCCCCAAGCGCAGCGAAAUAGGUAGAUACCACCACCACACGGCAAGAUGCUGAUACAACGGCUACAGCCGCCGCUGAGGGCGUCGUUAACUUCAAUUGCUCGAUCGGGAGCUUCGAAUUCGCAUACAGGACUUCAUGAGGCAUUUGCUGCGCUCAGGUUGUGCCAAAAGGAAACUCAGGGCGGAAACUUGAACUUCGUCCGAUAUGCUACGCAUAAAGCGCAAGGAGCAGUGAACAAGGCGAAGGAUGGUCCGGGAAAGAGGCUGGGUUGCAAGAAGUCUGGAGAACAAUACGUUAUCCCAGGCAACAUUAUCUUCCGUCAACGAGGCACGCACUGGUUCCCCGGUGACAACUGUGCCAUGGGCCGCGACCACACCAUCUACGCGACUGAAUCCGGCUACGUGAAGUACUACAAAGAUCCCGAGAGGCACCCAAAGAGGCAAUACAUUGGCGUAGUCUUCGAGCGAAACCAAGUCCUUCCCCUACCGAGAAACUCGAUGCGCAGACGGAGGUUAGGCCUUGCUGCAAGCCAGAUGGAAUUUUCGACCGUCGCCGAGACUCCAGAGGUUGUGGAGGAGUCGGCCGAGCUACAGGGCGAGGAAGGCGCCGUGCAGACCCAGGUGUCAGCGCCAGCGCCAGCAAAGAAGGUCCGUGAGAGGAAGGGAGAGGAAGGAAGGGUGUUGACGCUGAGACCGGGAUACAUGUACCGUGAGGCCAAUUGGGAGAUCGGUCGUGCGGCUGAGCGUGCUAAGAUCCAAGUCAGAGCGUUCAAACCCAGGGAUAGAUGGACGGCAUGGAAGAAGGCUACAGUUCGAAAGGUGGCUAAUGCCGGGAAGAGGGGCUUAAGAGGGGGGGGUAAGCAAGGGAAGAAAUAGAGGACUUGUCGGGUGUGUGAACGUUAGAACAGUGGGUGGCACAGACAUGGCCUUUGGGGCAGUUCAUUGGAGUUGUACGAUUCGCCUGGUGGAAUGGCGCUGUAGAAUAUGGAUGUCGAUGGUUUAUGUAAAGAUAUUUAGAACUCAUUUGCAAAUAUUCCAACA